CAACCUUAUCUUCCGGCCUAAAUAUUGCGGGAAAGUUGACCGCUGAGCUGACAACAGCGCAAGUGUUUAUGUUGUGUUUAGUCGAGCUGGAUAAAACAAUUCUGUCAACAUGAGGACAUUAGAAGAGGUUCAAGCCACACUACAAAUAGCUAAAGUAAAAGAAGAAGACUUGCAGCCCGUCACUUACUGUCUCUCGUUCGGAGAUAAUGUGUCGUCGGGCGAUUACUGUCUCAUGGAGUUGGAUGAUACACUUUGCAAACACAUUGAGAGUGGCAAGAGUCUUAUAAUCAGAGGUGAUAAAGACGAGCAUGCCAUUCUGUGCAGUGAAGACAAGACAUACGACUUGAAAAUUGCGGACACAUCAAAUCUGCUCCUGUUUGUCCCAGGGUGUAAAACGCCAGAUCAGCUGCCAGACAGCGCAACAUCUCAACUCAUGCAUGCACAGAUUUGGGGUUUUUCAAAUAGUUAUUGGGAGCUGAGAAGGCAGAGACCAAGGUUGAAGAAACUGAAGAAACUUCUCAUGGAGAAUCCAUAUGAUGGUCCAGCGGUGGGCAUGCAGGAGGAGACGCCAGGAGAGAAGUACACUAUGGAUGACCUUCUUGAGAGAAUCCAAGCAAGUAGAGAAGAGAUUGAGAUACAUCUUCAAAAUGUUCAUGCUUGUGAAAUUGACGGUUUUUGGAGGAUCCUGGAUUUUGAUUAUGAGAUGAAGCUCCUGGGUCAUGUGACCCAGCUGGUGGACUCAGAGUCUUGGUCUUUCAGCAAAGUUCCUCUCACUGUUUGUCUGGAAGAGCUGGGAUCCCUUGAGCCAAAAGCCAUGAUAGAACACUGUCUCAACUGUUAUGGAAGAUGCUACACUAGUGAAGAUGGUCUGGUGAUGUACGCACUGGAUGAGGACAAAGUAUGUAGGGCCACAGCUCAGCUGCUCCUGCAAAAUGCUGUGAAGUUCAACCUGUCAGAGUUCCAGGAAGUUUGGCAGCAGAGCGUUCCUGAAGGAAUGAGCACUAGACUGGAUCAGCUCCGGGGUUUAGCUCUGUUAGAUCGAAGCUCUAGACCAGAGACCAUCUCGCUGCUACUGGUAGAAGAUUUGCCUGAGGACACACUGGAGCGAUUCAACAGCCUCUUCAGCCUGAGAGAAAAAUGGACACAAGAUGACAUUGAACCCUACAUACAAGAUCUCUGUGGAGAGAAGCAGACCACUGGAGCCCUCCUGACCAAACAUGCCCGUUCAUCUGUGCAAAAUGGUAUUAAGGUCUACAAUUCAAGAAGACCUGUAGCAACUUAACAUAAAAGCCACUGACUAUUGCCUUGUAUGUUGUUGAGUCAGAAAUAAUAAACACAUUAAAUAUUGUCA